CAACUUAAAAAGUUAAAACCACAGAUUAUAUGAAAAUAUUUUCAUAUAAUCUGUGUUAAAACCACAGAACAGAAUAGAAAAGUUAUUAGUUAUUUUAGUAAUUCUUAAAUAUUAUAAUAGUUAAUAUAUACCUUAAUACUUAUAUAAGCAACAGUGUAUUAUUUUAUUCUUAUGUGUUUGUAAUUAUUUGUAUUGACCAACAUGACGGGCUUUUAUUACUUUGUAAUCGUCGGACAUGGUGACAAUCCUAUAUUUGAAAUGGAGUUCAUGUCUAGCAAAGAAGUAAAAAAAGAAGACCAUAGCCAUUUGAACCAAUUUAUAGCCCAUGCUGCCUUAGAUCUGGUUGAUGAAUUAAUGUGGAAGUCGACAUCUAUGUAUUUGAAAACUGUAGAUCGUUUCAAUCAUUGGACAGUGUCAGCUUUUGUUACAGCCAGUCGAAUGAGAUUUAUUAUUGUACAUGACUCUAAAAAUGAUGAGGGCAUAAAAAAUUUUUUCACCGAAGUAUAUGAAAUGUUUAUUAAGUAUGUGAUGAACCCAUUCUAUAAACUAAACAUGCCAAUCAAAUGUGGAUCGUUCGACAAAAAAGUACAAUUCUAUGGUCGUAAAUAUUUAGUCAACUAAUAUUUUACUAUAGAUAUAUUUAUAAUUGUGAUCUUUAUUUUUUCAUGUCAAAAUAUAAACUAAUUUAUUCUAUAUUGUUUUAUCGAUUGUUAAUUUUUUUUUAAUGCGUUUUAAACAUCUUAUUUGAUAGAUACAUUUUGUUAAGAUAUUUACAUUUUUAUAUACUCAAUAUUGUAGAAACAUUGUACGAUUUUAAAGAGAUAUAAAUUAAAUUAAACAGUAAACUAUGAUUUAUUUAUUAAUAAGUACUUAAAUAAUGAAACUAAAUGUUUUUAAACUAGUAAACUAUAACUUAUUAAUUAUUAUUAAACAAUAAAGUUCAUCUAUAAUAUCAACAAGUAACAUUUUGAUGAUAUGUUUUUGUUCAAUGACGCCAUUUUACGUAAUUGCUUGAGUCGUAUGGUACCUGAAACAUAGUUUUGGAAUGUUACAUGAUUUAGGUACUCUGUUUUCAUUUGUAUCAAACUAUUUAUUAAAUUAAGCUACAUUGUAAGAUUGGCAAUAUUAAUUAUAAUUAUAACUUAACAAAUUAUUAUCAACAAAA